AUGCCAUUGAAACCUACCAUGAUAUAUAGUGAUGCCAGGGAUGUAUCGAAUCUUCCUAAGGUUGACCAAAUUCGAAAUGUAGAUGAUAGAAUACUGAGGUUCUACGUUACCUUACCAUUAAUGGUAUUAUCGUACUUCCAUGAUAGAGCUUGGAACAAUGGCAACAGACCGGGGAUACUUUUGGUUACAGAUUUCACUAAAAAUGAAGACUUGUUAUUUCCAAAAGGUACUCCUGAAAUAUUUACAUUUGGUGGAGAAAAGAAAAGACUAUCUAAAGAGAAAAUCCUAUCAAUAUCAGUGUCAAAGAACCUUUUUCUGUCUAUUCUGAGUAGCUUAAAACAAGCGCUGGUUGUGGGAGAUGAAUACGAUUUCAAUGAAUAUGGCCAGUGUCUGAUAGACAAGGAGAAAAUUAUUGCGAAUAUUAAAUUCAGAUUGAAAGUGUACGAUGGCAAAAUUGAAGGCUCCAUAGAUAGUAUCGAUGGGUUUAAUAUACUACCCAAGGGCACUUCCAAUGCCAAAGUCGCAAGAUUGCAACAAAACUUUUUAAGAGAGUUGCCAGAUGAUUAUUUUGGUUUUGGUAGCAUGCCACCUCCAGGGUUCAAUACUGCACCAUCAAUUAUUGAUGUACCGAAUAAAAGAGUAAAGAUAGAGACAAAGGUUGAAUAUUCGCAAAUACCGGACUCCAUCGAUGAAUUUAGCCAAGAGCAUAGAGAGAUAAUGAACGAUAACGAUAACGAUAAUAGAAGUCAAGAAAUGGAAGAAUCUCAAUUAUUUUCGCAACCAGAAGCAGAACUAGGACAAGGAGGAGAAGAAGAAGAGGAGAGUGACAAUCUAGAAAAUCAAGAAAUUCAUGAUGAUCUCGCUCAUCAAGCUACGCAGGUAUGUGGCACUUCAGAUCAAGGCUAUGAUGAAGAUAAUGCUUUGGCCAGUACUACCAGAAAAAACGACCAAAACGCUAAGGUACUUCAUAAUAGCGCACUCCUGCAAAUACGGCCCCCUGCACCAAACUCCCCUACGCUGAGUUACCCCUUAAGUAAGGUUUUUGAAGUGGAAGGGAUCAUGAAAGAAAUUAUCCCUCAGAAUUUCGUAGUUAAGCCGUAUGGCAGAACCUUAAAAAUAGCCCCGUUCAAAUUAUUCAUUGAAUCUGUGGUGCAUGGAGAAGCCAGAAUAUUUGAACUAGACUUAAUUACCGAAUCGGAAAUUUGCAACUUCCUAGGCUUAAAAGAAAUAGAAGAUGCCCUUGAGAGCUUGCCUAUAAUAGAGAAUUUGUUGCGCAACAUCAAAAGACAAGGUGAUAACAAUACCUUCAGUAAGAUAAAAAUGCAGAAAAAGGUCCACACUUUCUUAUCUACCGAUGUGGAAAUGAACUACUGGACCUGUGUUACAAGCCUCGAAGACUUAUUGCAAAAGUAG